AUGUCGGAUGUAUCGGAGUAUUACAACCACAGUAACUCUUACAGUUAUCCACGUUUCGACAUUAUAAUCCCGUCUGUUUACGGAAUAAUAACUCUGGCCGGUGGAAUGGGUAAUGGCAUGGUAUUAAUGGUAUUGUUGCGAAACAUUAGGUCACACAGCAUCCCCGACGUUUACAUCAGUAACCUGGCCAUUGCAGAUCUGCUGACUGUCUUGACAUUGCCGUUAUUUUCAUACACGUAUGCAACGGGUUCGUGGAUUUUCGGUCUCGAGAUGUGCAAGAUAAUGUACGGACUCGACAGCAUGUAUCAGUUUACAGGAAUCAUGAUUUUGACCGUUAUGAGCAUCGACCGAUAUGUGGCCAUAGCCAGUCCGGUUCGUAGUAAACGCUACCGUACCGCCUGUAAAGCUCGCUGCAUAAGUGUAUGUGUGUGGUUCGCGUCAUUCCUAUGUAGCUCCCCACUGUGGUUUUAUGCUACGUUAUACGUGGAACCGAGUGGCGUACUAACUUGUCAAAUUAUGUGGCCGAAUCCACAAAAAAACGCUUUUGUGUUUUUGAUAUUUGGAUUUGUUGCCGGAUUUCUAGUGCCUCUCAUUGCUAUCUUUUUUAGUUAUUUGGCGUUAUUGAUGACAUACUCUAAACAUCGUACGUGGCGUAAAGGCAUCACGGGGCAGAGAAUGGCGUCAAUGCGUCGUGGAUCAAGACGUAUUGCUAUUCUGAUCAUAACUAUAGUAAUUGGUUUUGUUGUUUGCUGGCUGCCGUUUUACGUACUGAACUUCAUAACAAUAUAUUUACCGGACACGGACAAAGGUUCUGGCAGUUUAGACUAUACCUUGCUCGUUGCAUACGUUGUCAGUGUAUGCCUAUGCUACUUCAACAGUUGCCUGAACCCGGUCAUUUAUUCAUUUGUCGGUUCGUCAUUUCGAACGCGGCUAAGUAAGGCUGUACACUGUCGACUUCCUCGUCAGAAAGAGACGUGCUUCACUCGGUCUCAGCAGAGUUACAGGAGUACCCACGUACGCAUUGUGUCAACGCGCAAUUCUCGUUCUACGAAUUCAUCAGUUGUACUAUCAUAUCGGUGA